CAAGAAUAGUUUCUCCCGGUGCAACCCAUCUAGCAUUUGCUCCCACACCUUGCCACAGCCCAAACCGAAAAAUGCUUACCGACGACAAUCUGCUUCUGGCCGGGAUCGUCUCCGUCGUGGCCCUCGUGCUGGGAUUCCUCUUUGUGUCGAUGAACAAAAAGAAGACCGUCUUGCCCCUGGACGACUUCAAGCCGUUUCCGCUCAUCCGCAAGACGGUCCUGUCGCACGACACGGCGGAGUUUGUCUUUGGGCUCCCGACCCCCGACGCGGUCCUCGGCCUGCCCACCGGGCAGCACAUCUCGCUCCGGUUUUACGAAACCGACAAGGACACCGGAAAGAAGACCCAGGUCAUGCGCUCGUACACGCCCGUCAGCGACAACACGACCCUCGGGGAGGUCGCCCUGGUCGUGAAGGUCUACAAGGCCGGCGUCCACCCGAAAUUCCCCGACGGCGGAAAAAUGAGCCAGCACCUGGACUCGCUGAAGAUCGGGGACACGAUCGACAUCAAGGGUCCCAAGGGCCACAUGGAAUACCUCGGAAACGGCGGAAAUUACUGGAUGAAACCAAUCGGAAGACCCAAGGUGACGAAGCAAUGCGAUCAGUUCAUCAUGAUUGCCGGAGGAACGGGGAUCACCCCCAUGCUACAGGUCGCGAACUACAUGUUCCGCCGAUCAAACGACAACGUCAAGGUCAACCUGCUCUAUGCCAACCAGAGUGAGUAUUUGCUUUUUUUCUGUUGUUUCUGGCUUUCGGCGAAAUUCCAACCAUUCCUAAAACGACGACCAGCAGCGAGAGCAAAAAACACGAUCGGCGUUUGCUGUGCUUUGGUGCAUCGCUGCCGCUUGUUCCGAUUUUUGUUUCGUGUGACUCACAAAAUUACGCGCUUGACCAUGUAAUUUUUUUUUCUGUGCGAAAAAAAAAAACCAACCAUUCCGUGUUUGCGCCGGAUGCUCGAACCUCGACGCGGCGAUCGUCUUCCAACCGCAGCCGAAGACGAUAUUCUCGUGCGCAAGGAAUUGGAGGCACUGGCCAAGGACUUCCCGGACCAAUUCAAGCUGCACUACACCGUCGAUCGACCACCCACCGACGGGUCGUGGAAAUAUUCCGAGGGAUUCAUCAGCAAGGACAUGAUCGAAAAACACUGCCUGUUCAACGGAUCUUCCAAGAACACACAGGUUUUGCUGUGCGGUCCUCCCCCGAUGCUAAAAUUCGCCUGCUUUCCCAACCUGGAAGCCUUGGGAUUCACCAAGAACGAUUGGUUUGCCUUUUAGACACAACUAGAGCGAGACUCGUUUGAGU